AUGGAGACCCCGCUCGCCGCGCACCGCACACGCUCUUGUGGUGUUCGUACACGCCACUAUGGGCCGCGCUCCCCUCGCCGGUCCCUACGCUAUACCGAUGUCGACUCCGACAACAAACUUCAGACCGACUCCCAUACCAAUGCUAAGAUCGACAGCAAAAUGGUUUCCGACUUGAAAUCUAGCAUGAACUGCGAGAUCGAACUCGAGAACGACCCCACUGCCAAUCACCCUUCAGGCGAGAACGAAAGCACCGUUUCCACCUCCGAUCCAGACCGAAAACCCAACGCCCACGAACCGCAUCGACAACAUCGGCGCACUCUACUCCGACUCGGCGGCCACAGACAUUGUGGCGUCGCCUCCAUGCUCCCUCCUCACCAUCAACCUGCCGCCCGACUGCGACACCCACACAGUCUUGGCCCACCUACCGGAUGA